AUGCCGUCGCAUCGCCACGAGGAAAAAGUGUCGCGGCGCGAGAAGGAACGGGGUGCGCAGAGGCGGUAUCCCGUUGAGUGGGAUGAAGAGGUGUAUCGGUUACUGGGGAGCGGAGGUGGUGAUGGUAGGGGUAAGCUUUUGACUCCCUCCCGUGGUGAGGAAGCCCUACGCAGUCCAAACUCCCCACCUCGUCCACGAGACACGCACAGUCUGAGCGGCGCCACACUCCACGACGUCGACGGCCCCCCGGUGCGGCAGAAUACUGGCUUCCACAUCCUAACGCAGGACCUCAUACCCGCUCGUCGCGGCUGGACGGAGCGCCUGGACCAUCGCUUUGGGCAUUCUCGGUGUCCCGAUGAGGAGUAUUGUUCUGCCACGGAAGGAGAUGGAGAAGAUCAAGAUGAACAGAGAGACGGUGACAAAGACAAAGACAAAGACAAAGACAAAGACGGGGAAAUCAAAUUCGCAAUCCCACCAAACCGCAUCUUGAAAACGCAGACAAUCCAUGUCGUUUCCUCGCCUGUCAAAGGCAGCGACAACAUCACCGCCGCCGCCGCCGAUUGCAGAUACUCAACCGCCCCUCCCACUGCACCUCGCUCUGGGAAGAAACGUAUCGGACUUCGUCACACACAGCGUGAUGGACUCGACGCACCACCCCGACCGCACCCGUGCUGUGCGGACAAAGUGGUGACGGUGGAUGGUGUGCAGAGUGGAGUUCUUCGCCGUAGUGGGCGGGGAGGUGGGGAGAGGAAAGGGGUGGUGGAAGAGGUUUUCUCGUCGACUUCUGCUUCGUCGUCCGCUUCUGGUACUUCGGGGGGUGAAGAUGAGGAGGGUGAGGAGAGUACCGAAUAUGAAGACGGGAGUACUGAAGAUGAGGAUGAAGAUGAGGAGGGAAGUAAAGAUGGAGUACAGGAAGAUAGAUAUGAGGAGGAAGAGAGGUAUAUCCAAGAAGAGAGGAGUGCGGGGAUCUUGCACACGCCUAUGCAGUGGCCUCGCACGAAGGAUGGUGAGAAGAAGGGGGGAGAUGAUGUUCUUCUGGAUCAUGAAGUACGACGGCUGAGAGUUUUUGAUCCCGAGUGCUUCCAUCCGAGGCUUCAAGCGCAAGGAGCUUCGUGCCGCGAUGGCGCGUUUGGGACGUAUGCGCAAGAUCAAAUCGAGGAGUCUCUGCAGUGGCGUCCCCAGCUGGCAGAAACCGGCCGUGGAUAUCCAACUACCAAAUCACCGCAGUUCAGCAAUACACAACAACACCGCACAUCUCGCUCGCAGCGACGAGCACAGGGACAGCCCACCCAGCAGGAUGCGGAGGAAUUUAGACCAGCCAACCAGCACCGCCAUCACAACACCCUCACUGCUCACAUCACACAGUCUGAUAGACUCUCCCCCUCAAAAAUUCCUCGGUAUCGCUACGCCACCCUCGCACUUCCGCAGUCUCAGCCCGCAACCCACAGAUCCGGCGCUUAUGUCCCUGCGCACCAGUACCCUGACCUCGAAUCCGCACGCUUCGCUUCCGCGCAAGGUUGGAUGAUGAAGCGGGCCUGCCGUUGCUCCGUCUCCCUCCGCCUCAUUACCGCACUGUUUACCGCACUGUUUGCGUGUCGGGAGGCAGUGACUUGGUUGACCGAGAGGAGGUGUAUGCGAAUACCGUAA